AUGCCGUCGUCCGUCAAACACCAACCGCCCCGCAAACGAAGCCGCAGCACCAUCGAAGAAUCCCUCACCCAGCCCGUCCGCCGCCCACUGGCGAAGAUGCGUCGCCUGGACCAGUUCAGCGAUGACGACGAGGACGAGGCGAAGCCGUCGCAGUUAGAAGACCCCUUCCCCGACACGGUGGGGUCGCUCCUGUGCGAGACGCCCGACGAGGAUAUAGUGCGUAUCGUCGUCACGCUCCAGGAGAUUGUAGUCAUUGGGCGCGACGAAGACUGCGUCCGCACCAACUCGCAGUUCACCAUGGUCGCGCUCUCCGACCUCUCGAGGUACGGCUUCACCCUCAACGGCGUGUUACACCGCCCAGACAGGGUAGCCAAGCUCGACACCAAGCGGCUGCUGUGCAAGACGUACAUCCUGAAAACAGGCGACCGGGUCGAGCUGCCCGGCUGUCCAGCAGUGUUCACAUGGGUCCAAGGCCCCGCGCACGCCGUCGAGCUGCUACGCCACCCGAACCGCAGCCCGCCAAUCUUCAACACGGCCAACGCGGGCGCCGUCUACCCCCUGCACAAGGCGUGGAUCGUGCACAACUGCCCCAUCGGGAGCGGGACGUUCGGCACCGUCAACAUGGCGUCGCAUCGGCACGCGUCGUGGCUCCAGGUCGCGUGCAAGACUAUCGCCAAGCCCGAGACGGAGGAGGACAUGCAGGGGCUGCGCGACGAGGUCGGCUUCCUCAAGCGCAUGGAUCAUCCGAACCUCAAUGGGAUCCUCGACAGGGUGAACGAGGACGCGCCGUACCCGCGCGUCCACCUCAUCCUCGAGCUCAUGACGGGCGGUGAUCUGUUCGCGUACUGCGAGAAGCACCCUGGGGGACUGGAGGAGCUCGAGGUCAAGUGGAUCGCGUCGCAGCUCGUCGACGGGUUGAGCUAUCUCCACAACAUGAGGAUUGCGCACCGCGACCUCAAGCCUGAGAACAUUCUGCUGGCAGUAUCGGCCAUCUACCCACGCGUGGUGAUCGGCGACUUUGGCCACGCCAUCUCGUAUGAGGCGGUACUGGAGACCGUUCCAGAAUCCGAGUUUACGAACAAGCGUCGCGAGUUCCCGCGGAUCGGGACGGCGAGCUAUAUCCCCCCAGAGAGGCUCAAGGCGUGGGCUCGCCCAGAACGGGGAGCGGGAUGUUCUGGCCUCGCGGAGACCGUGGGUACGAGCCGGGACGGCCUGACGCGGCGAGAGAGGAUUGCCAACAAGUGGUUCACCGAAGAGCUCCGUCUCGACGCUUGGGCUCUGGGUGUCACGCUGUACACCGCCGCGUUCGGCGAACACCCGUACGAAGGCGGUCUGGCGGGGCCAACCGGGCGGACAGGCCCGACGCAGCAGGAUAAGGCCCAGGCAAGGUCGUACACCCAGGUUAAGGGGAAGAAUAGCUGGGCGCGCUUCCGCCAAUCCGUGGGAGAAGGCAGAUCAAUUGGAACGUCUCGAGAGGACUCGGAAGCCACAGCACGAUACAUGGAGCUCCUGGACCACUUCGACCGACACGCCUUACUGGACAUCCGCCGUGGCGGUGAAAACCGGCUCCUGGUGCUGGAUUGCCGCUCGAACGAGUGGCUGAAGGACGACCGGGGCUUUCUCGAGGCCAUUCACGACCGCGUGAUCGAGCACGGCGAGGUGCUGCACUUUGACCGGGUGCAGCAGAUCAUGGACGACAUCGAGCACGGGGCCGGGGUGCCGAGCUCGUUUCCCGCGUCGACGGCGUCGCAGGAAGAAAGCAUCGCAAGUCGCUGGAUGAUGAUGGCUAAUGCCCAGCCCUCGCCCAUUCAGUCCCCAAACCGCCGCCCGUCACCCAUUCCCGAGGGCGAUGAAGACAUCGAGAUGGACGAGACGGGCGAUGGUGGUGGUGGAGACGACACGAUCGUCAACGAUACGAUCGUCGACGACACGUUCGAGGACGAUGGAGACGACACGUACCAGGCUGAGAGUGGGACGGGCUGGUCGGCGGCGUAG